UAUUAGUAAUGGCUAUCGUAAAAACACGAGCAAUCAUCGAAUAACAGGGAACCAUGUAAUAUACCAAAUAGAUUAAUUAAAAUAAUUGUAUAUGGUACCAAUGAAAAUGUCAAUGUUGCUGUCGUUGCCGCUGCCGCUGCCGACUUUAUCUUAUUUUGUAGCUGACUACAGAGGGAACGUUAAUAAUUUUACAUUUCGUAGCCCGUAACCCGCGGCGUUCAAACUGUUCAACUUAACAUUUGAAAAAAAAGUCAGCUGUUUCGACUUCCUUUCCAUGAUGAAUUCGCCUUGGCAGCAGCUGUACUGAAUUCGUCUUAAAACUUAGAGUACUUUGCGUAUUGUUGACAGGUUUGAUAUACAGAGAACGUUCUCUGUGAUAUAUUUCUUUGUAGAGAACUUCAUUUGAAAAUUUCAUCUUUUUUUCCAACGAAAAGUAUUUAAACUUAGAAAUUUUCACUAAUUGUAGAAUGUCGAAAUUCUUUGUACCGUCAUCGUGGGAGGAUCUUGCGGAGGCAGUGAGAUUCCGUUCAAAGAUUUCAUUGAUUAGCGCUGGUACGAAUGCAAAUGCAGAACGUGUUAUUAAAACUGCUGUAAAAAACAAGAAAAGUAAAAAACUAAAAUCCGACACAGAAGUUUCAAAAAAUUUUUCUAAAACACAAAAUAGUAAAAGUGUAAUUGACUCUAAAAAGAUAAAAAAUGGGCGAGUUAUAAAACGAAAUUCAGCUAAGAAGCCAAACUUACAGAAUAAAGCACUAGUAAGCUCGGCCGAAGCACUGCCACCAAUGGCAGCAAAUUUAGCAUCAAAUGCUCAACUAACGAUUGAUGAAAAGGGAAAACAAAAGAAGAGCAAAUUUCUAACUGUUGGAAGUGAAAAAAUCCUCAAAAGCAUUGCUACGAAGAAUCCUUCAUAUUCGACAGCAUCAAAACACAAUGUUCGUACUGAAAGUGUAGAAACCAGCUCGGAUGAUGUUGGGUUAAAAGUAUUUGAAAACUCUCUUAAAAAACAGUUGUUGGGUGGGCGUUUUCGUUACAUAAACGAACAAUUAUACUCAAUGCAUAGCACAGAAGCGGAUGCAUUUUUUAAAUCAGAUGCUGAAGCUUUUAAUGCAUAUCAUACUGGAUAUCAGCAACAGGUGGAGAAAUGGCCUAUUAAUCCUUUAGAUCGCAUAGUAAAAAUGAUAAAACGUUUACCAAAAUCAUUAGAAAUCGUCGAUUUUGGUUGUGGGGAAGGCCGCCUAGCUAUGUCAUUGCCUAACAAAGUUUAUUCUAUGGAUUUGGUGAGCACACGCAACGAUAUUAUCGCUUGCGACAUGUCACAAACGCCAUUAAGCGAUCAUUCGGUAGAUAUCGCAGUAUAUUGUCUUUCUUUGAUGGGCACUAAUUUGAAGGACUAUUUGCUUGAAGCAAAUCGUGUUUUACGUCAUAAUGGUUUCGUAUUGAUUGCAGAAAUACAGUCUCGGUUCGACGAUAUUCGAGAAUUUAUUCGUGGAUUAGAAGCAUGUGGUUUUCAAUUGCUCAAAAAGGAUGAUAAUGAGAAGCUGUUUUACUUUUUUCAGUUUAAAAAGGUGCGGAACGUUGGAAAAGUUGCUUUAAUACCUCCAUUCUCCCUAAAACCAUGCCUAUAUCGAAAGCGAUGACUUUACUAUUUUACUAUAGAUCGUAAAUUGUUAAAAAAUUUAGUGUAAUAAAUUGAAUAAUAGAACAUAUUUCUUAAA